AGCUCCUUCCAUGACUGCCUACAUUUCCCCAGUCGCGGAUUCAACCACCGUCUUUAAGAGUGAUGUUUUCAAAGGACAAGUAUUGUUCUGUACUGGCGGAGGUUCCGGGAUAUGCAAGGCAAUGACCGAAGCCGUGAUGCGUCAUGGUGCAGAUGCGACAAUUGUUGGAAGAAAGCUUGACCGACUCCUUGCAAGCGCUGAAGAGCUAUCUAAGGCAACAGGACGUCGUUGCAUAGCAGCUCAGGCAGAUGUCAGAGACCCUAAACAAUUGCAUGAGGCUGUUUCUAAGGCGAUCAAAGAAUAUGGCAAAAUCGACUUCGUUAUUUGCGGCGCUGCUGGGAACUUCUUGGCUCCAAUUUCAAGCCUGUCAGAGAAUGGGUUCAGGACCGUUCUCGAGAUAGACACGAUCGGAACGUACAACACAAUCAAAGCGACAUUGGAGCACGUCAGGGCUUCAAAGGGAUCAUACAUUCAUGUCAGCGCGACGUUGCACUACAACGGCACUCCGUAUCAGGUGCAUGUCUCUGCUGCCAAGGCAGCAGUUGAUGCAACCUCUGCUGUUCUGGCCGUGGAAGAAGGCCCCAACGGCGUGCGGUCCAACGUAAUUGCACCUGGGCCCAUUGGAGGCACGGAAGGCGUAGACCGCCUUAUGACCAAGAAUCAAGGGGGCUGGUCGAACAUCCCCGUUGGUCGACUUGGUCAUGUCAAGGAUAUUGCCAACGCUACAAUCUUCCUGUUCAGCGAUGCUGCCAGCUUCAUCACUGGCCAGGUGCUUCCCGUCGAUGGAGGCUCAGAACAUUUACGCGGUGUGAAUCUCCCCUAUCCUCAGGCAGUCAUUGAUCCUACCAGCGUCAAGGAUCUCAUCAAGCCGCGUCUUUAGUCUUCCCGUUUCCUGAACUAAUUUCCCGAGUACCAAUGUGCGGCUACAUGCGAAGGUUAGGAGUACGUUCCCCCUCGCUGAAAUCGUUUAGGAGUACAAGCUCACGUUCAGCUUUGAGUAUUAUCUGUAAUCGGCUGCAAUAGUGUUGUUUCUGAGAUUCGCCGAUCUACCCCAACAUCCGCGCCACCGUGCUGCUUGAUCUCCCCCUCUCGAUCGCAAUUCAAUGGUUGCUCUACCUGUU